UCGUCGAAUCAACUUCGAAGCAACGGAGUGAAAAAGGCGUACGGAUCGUGGGCCGACCCAUAUAAAGAAAGAUCGAGGUUAUCGAGAGACAACCUCAUAAAAAAAAAACCGUAUAAAUAACAUUGAAGCGAAAGCGUAAAUAGAUGGAAUAAAAUCUUGCGCGAUUAAAAUCGUUGUAACGAACGACGGAAAAAUAAUAAAGAAAAAAUGAUUCGAAAACGGUAAUUUGAAAUCGAUAAAAUAACGAUCGAAUACGAAAAAAAGUGGUUCGAGCGUUUCGAAUGAACAUGAACAAAGGCUUGAUAAAUCGUAUUGAGAUCUCAUUUCGUGGAUGAUGACUUGACCAAAGAUUUAUAUCGAAUCGCGAAUCUUCGUUUAUUUAAUUUAAUCAUAUCGGGGGUAUCUAUUUAAUAAAUAACUUAAUUUAAAUAACAAGAUAAAAGUGCGAGGACGAUGAGCGGGUUAAAGCGGUGCUUGAUCGUAGUGGCUUACUUGGGGGUGACUGUUCUCGGGGAUGACGCGAUCGGUCGUGCCUCCGAUACCGAUCUUUUUGAUGCUUCGGUCCACCGGACUCGGAGUUUGCCGCAGCAGGAUGAACUCGACGACGAAAAUUUCGAGCGGAAUUGGACCACUAUUGCCGAAGUAUUGGACAUUUACAGCUCGAAGAAUCUCGUGUUGAAUUGGAGAAAAAAUGAAUUCCCGAUCGGCAAUGAGUGCGAACGUGAUAUUACGGAAUACGUUAGGGCCCUCAAGAAUCACGAGAUGUGGGCCCUCAAAGCCGACGAUUCAUCGGGACGGUACACGAACGGAUUCUAUUGGGGAAAUUCGUUCUUCACGGGAUCGGCAACCGAGUGCUCGUACAUCGGUCAUGACUUCCAAAAAAAGAAGACGAAAUACCCAACGAAGCCUUCGGUCGUGGGUUCCUCGACUAUCCACGGAGCCACGGAGUUGAACGGCCAACCAAAAAAUGCAUCGCGACUCGAAGAACCCUCGAUCAUGCCCAAUGUCCUUGACCAACCUCCCUACGACCUUGGUUUCUUCAUGAUGAAAAUUUUGAUAAACGAUACUUUCACACCGACCACGAGGCUCAUUCACUUGGGAGUUUGUCUACCUUUUUCCUGCACCGCCAGUGACGUCGCUAUUAUUGCUAAACUCUCCGCCAGUGAACGAGCAGCCAAAAAUUCGAUUAUACAAAAAGUUCGGGAUCAACGAAAUUACUACGACAUUUAUGCCGAUCCGAUUUUUUGGAUUUUGAUAGGCUCCAGCCUUUCCGCCGUAUUCUUCAUGAUAAUCGGGACAUCUUACGAUUUUUACCUAUCGAUGAGACUCGCGAAAAAGCGAAGCAUGACUUACGACUUGGAGAAACACGCCAAGCUUGAGCAAACCGUUAAAGGCCAUCAUAAAUUACCAAACGAGUUUGAAGGUAAGGUAUACCUUCCUGUUCCAGUGGCAGAAAAUAGUAUCACCGUCACUCCAAUCGUUAACAACAACAAUGACCACGAAAACAGUCCGUCGCGGUCUCCACCCACGCCGGACCUUCAACCCGAUCUCAACGUAUUCGAGGAGCUGCUACUGUCAUUUUCGGUGCGAAUAAACAUGGGAGUAAUUUGUGAUCCUGCGGUAGGUCGGGACACGAUAAGCACGAUCCACGGUCUCCGAGCCAUAUCAAUGGCAUGGGUAAUCCUCGGUCACACGUGUAUAGUACUCUUCAACUAUUCGGACAAUCCGGAAUACCGAAAAGUCGUAGAGAAAAAAUUUCUCUUCCAGACCGUUACGAACGGAGCUUUCAGCGUCGACACAUUUUUCUUUAUGGGGGGUUUGCUCGUCAGUUUUCUUUACUUCCGAACGAACGCGAUGGGCGAUCUCAACAAAUUGACUCAAGGCACGCGAGGCUUCGUCGCCGGUUGUCUCAAAUUCAUCGGUUUCUUGGUUUAUCGAUUCUGCAGAUUGACCACACCGUAUCUCUUCGUCCUCGGGGUUGUUCAAGUCUCGAUGAAAUGGUUCCAUGCCAAUUCGGUGUUCGAGCCACCCACCGCCGAUCAUGAAAAUUGUCCCAAUUAUUGGUGGCGCAAUGUCCUCUACAUCAACACUCUUUUCCCUGUCGAUCAAAUGUGUAUGCUGUGGAGCUGGUACGUCGCGGAUGACACACAAUUUUACGUAAUUGGAGCUGUAAUAUUGAUCGUAGCUACCAAUCACUUGAAAUUCGCAGCUUUCUCGGUCGUAACGUUGCUCAUUAGUUCCUGGUUAACGACCGGUUACAUCGCUCUGAUAAAUAAUCAUAUGCCCAGUUCCGACGAUCCUCUCGCACUUUUCGACAAAAUUUACGACAAACCGUGGACCAGACUGGGACCUUAUCUCAUUGGGAUGUCCGUCGGUUAUUACCUAUUCAAGACUGAUUGCAAAGUCAAAAUGUCUAAGACUACCGUCGUGAUUGGCUGGCUCUUGUCUUCCGCUUGUCUCUUGAGUCUACUUUAUGGCCUUUAUGAGGCUGAACUUUCUCCGGUAACCGCCGCUGCUUAUUCUUCUCUGAGCCACAGCGCUUGGGCACUCGGUUUGGCAUGGAUCGUCAUAGCGUGCAGUACCGGUUACGGAGGCUGGGUCAACGAUAUUCUCUCGGCUCCGAUAUUGUAUCCGUUCAGCAGAGUGACCUAUUGCGCGUACUUGGUGCAUCCAAUGGUGAUUCGACUGACGGCGAUGAAUCUCGACUCGCCGUUUCAUUUAGGAAAAGAUACGGUAGUGAUAGCGUUUUUCGGGCAGGUCAUACUCUCGUACAUUCUCUCGUUCAUCGUGUCAGUUUCGUUCGAGGCACCGUUCGUCAGUAUGCUCAAAAUUUUAUCGCCCAAAAAGAGGAAACGAAUUCAGUGAUACGAUCGAAGCGAAAAUAAUUAUUGACGCACAGCUGAUUUAAAUACUUUAGUACAAUAAGAACGAACCAACAACACUGAAAAAUCACAAAAACAAAAAAUAUGUACCUUAGGCUAACCAACGAAUUAUUUAUAAAUUUGACACACUCGACAGUGCGCGACGAAUACGUCCAUUAUUUUUUACGCUCUUUUUAAAUAUAAACUAAAUUAUUUCUUUUCUUCGUAAUUUCAAUUUUCAAUAUUUAAUUAUUUUUACAAGACUCCU